AUGGUUCAGCCGAGCCACCCAUCGUCGCGCCUUUGGCAUCCGGCCGACAGGAUGCCAGCCCGAAUUCCCAAUGAUCCCAUAUACGAGCAUAGGGUUCCCAUGGACAUCUGCACGAUGCUUGACGAAUAUUGCAACAUCCCACUCAAGCAUUUCAUCAUGGCAGGAAUCAGAGACGAUGGACAACUGGUGAGAUUCACCGGGCCAAAAGAAGCUGCGACUUCCGAAGUGCUGUCAAAGUACAUCGACCUCGAUGGGUAUCAGAAAUGGUACACAACCGGGAGGGUGAUGCCAACCCCGAGUCCUUCAUACGAAGAGAGCUAUCCUGCGCAUGGAGACCCAGCUCGACCUCACAUGAGCUCCGCAUAUGGUGGCCGUCGACAAUAUGACCGGCGGCGCGCCCAGGGACUGCUUGGUUACGACGACGAAACCUGUUACAGGACUCGGAAGAGGCAGAGAGGCGGUUUGUCUGGCAGGAGAGAUGUCACAUUGGAAGACGACCUACCAGCAGUCCAGGUGGUACUCUCCAAGAAAGGAAUCAGGGUCGGCAACAAGGAAGAGGUCUGGAAGUUUUGCGACCAAAGGUUCAAGAACAUACAACAGACUGCUUGCAAGUUAAUUGCCAAGGCAUGGGUCAAAUUGAUCGCGCCGAAGAAGCAGUCCAACCACCCGUACACCGGUGCAGACGCAAAAGCCCCAGACUGGUGGCCGAAGCCUUGGGGUACAUCGAGAGACGAGAAGGUACGGCACAAGGAGCCUGAUCACCUCUACAAACCUGAACGUGUUUAUCUCCUGAACCAUAUUCUUCACAUGAUCACGGAGCCAAACCACCUGCAGCACAAAGAUAUCCAGAAGCAUGGGCUGAAUGUCAGCAAGUUGGAGGAAGCGACCUUUGAGGCACUUGGGAGUUUCUUUGGGGAUGUAGAGAACCCCAACAACGCCAAAAAGAAGCCGUAUCUCAGGGAAAUCUUCAAGGUGGCUCGCUACGAAGAGCGCUACAAAAACGGGGAGAUCGACGCCGAGUAUGAAGCCAUGGUCAUGGCAGAUGACAAGGUUCCCGAUAAUUAUCAGUCCGACGAUGAAGAGGACGACGUGCCCAAGGACGACGACGACGCCGACCAAAACCCUGCAUCGGCGACCGAUCCGACUCCGAAGACCGCAGAUCACGCUCUGCUGGUGGCUCCCAGUAGUGAGCCGAGUCCAGCUGGUAACCUGCAGGGUGGACCAUUCUUGGGAGAUCUUCCGGUGCGAGGCGGCCAUCAAUACCAUCACCAGUCGUCGAUGAUGCAGCCAGACCUCAGUUCCGGGCAGCCAAAUUUCGUGGAGGGCAGUUCUAUGGGCAACCAAUCCACGAUCCAGCAAGCGGCUGGAAUGCCGUUACAGGAGAACUUUCCGGAUCCCCACGCCUCAAGCCGGCGGCCGUCUCUGUAUGCCUCGCCAUCCGAAUAUGGCAGCGCAACUGCAUCCGGCUUGUACCCGAGCUGGCAGGCGACGAAUCCGCCGACCACGCCGUCCAUGUACUCCUCUUUUGAUAACCAGCAACAGCAGGCACACCAAUCAGGAUCCUACGUCCACCAGCAGCCUGUACCGCUUGCACAGACCCCCCAGUAUGUCGAGGCAGCAUCUUUCGAUAACAUGCAGCGAGGCUCCUACGACACUGGUCCUGCGAGCAUUUAUCGGACAGCCAGCGUCCCACAGGGCUCUGUCCAUUCUCAUCCGACACAAAGCUUUCCAAAUUAUCUCCCACAGCAGCACGACCCCAGGAGUCUGUCCGGGCCCAGCCUGAAGAUUGAAUCGCUGGGCCGAGGGCAGCUGCACGAUGAAGGAGGCAGCAGUUUUGAGUAUGCUGGGAACAAAAACCACAACAAACGCUGGAACACGUGA